AUGUAUCUGUCGCUCACAGAAAUUGCCAUGGGCGUGAAAACGUUCUACAUUUUCAUUAACUUUCAUACCGUGUAUCGACUGCAUCAAAUGGCCAUUUCCAAGCAGUUUCAACCGAUUUGCGAAGAAGAAUUACGACCAGCGCAGAGUUUGCUAUCGAAAGUCAACUUCUGCUUUAUGGCGUAUUUUAUAUGGGUAUUUGUUACUGUGGCAACCGCUGUUCCCAGCUUUUUCGAUGAGAAAUAUGAACUGCCAUUUUUCACCUGGGUUCUGGGUAUUCCAUAUGGUUCGGACAUGCCGUACAAUUUUUACUGUUUAUGGAUAUAUCAGAUUAGUGGGCUAUUUAUGCACGGAAUUUUCAACGUUGCUGCAGAAUUACAAGUGGGAUAUCUACUGACGGUUGCAAGAAUUCAGCUGGACUUCCUGACACGGAGAUUUGCAAGUCUAAGCCGGGCUAAUGAAACCUCACAGCAUCGUGAAUCUUUCAUCGAAUGCGUACAACACUAUACAGUCGUCGAAAAGUUCGUUAGGGAUUUUGAACACGUUUUUUCAAAGCCGAUGUUCGCGCAAUUCUGCGCAAGUGGGGCCAGUAUUUGCGCUACGGCAUAUCGGUUAUCAUCGGUUAACCUGAGUGAGGAUUUUUCAUCCGUUGUCACCAUGACAUUAUACCUUCUAGCAUUGAUGUACCAAAUAUUUCUACAGUGUUACUUUGGCAACGAGGUAACUUUGAAAAGUGAACAUCUCACGCAUGCUCUCUAUUCAGCAGGGUGGUACAAAUUAGUUCCAAGACUCCGAAAAGAUAUUCAAAUGAUGAUGAUUCGCUCGCAACGGCCAAUUAAAUUGAAAGCAGGUGGAUACAUAUACUGUAAUCUAAAGUCAUUUACAUCGACUCUCAACCUGGCUUACUCGGUUUUUUGCGUACUGCAGAGAAGGAAGCAAUCAAUACGUUAUGAUUAG